UGACACACCGGGAUCUCCAUACUCUGCUCUGUUGUUCCCAUGCAAAAUGGCUGGUGUAAGUGGUGUUUGGAAUUCGUUGAAAACUUUGUUUUUUGGUGCCGAUGAUCCAGAGGAAGAAGAGUGCAACAGUGACAAUGAGUGGAUAAAAGAAACCAACCAGAAAGUCGUCAAACAGCAAAAGCAAGCUCAAGAUGAAACGGUAAAUCAGUACAAAGAAAAAAAGCAAUUAAAACGAGAAAAGAGGAAAGGUGAGAGUUCCAAGAUGCCAAACAAAAGGAAAACCAGGUUAAGACGAGCCAGUUGGAGCCAAUUCUCCUUAAAUGACGAAGAUACACAAGACAGAAACGUUGAACAGUCAUUGAAUCUACAAAGACAUCAAAGUUUACAAGACAUUCAAAACAGUAAUCAGUUGUCUCAACCUCGAUCAUUUUCCUCUCUGUUUAAGCCUUCACACGCACAGUCCUGUUCUAACAUCACUGACCAAUUAGACUACGGAAACUCUGACAGUGACAAACCGGCUUCUGACGCAGAAGAGUCAGUGUUAGGUAGUAGCUAUGCAGAUUCAGACUUUCCAGAAAAUGAUGAUUCGCAAUUCGAUUACGAGGACGAUAUUGGCGACGAUGAUGAGGAUUUUCAUCAAAAGGAGAGAUCAUUUCUUAUUCCAAUGGAAGAUGAUAGGGCAACAAAAUUCGAAGAGAGCUGUGAAUAUUAUGCGCGGGAAGACAGCAAUGAAGAAGUUGUUCUGCAACAAGACAUGAUGAAAUAUGGCUUAGAUCUACCCAUUUCAGACGAAGCAAGUCAUGGAAAAAAGAAGAAAAACCAAUUUUAUGAAGAGUUUGAACCACCUGACCGGUUGGAAGCAUUACUUAGAUCGAAUGCACAACGCUAUAAACGUUGCAAAGUUUCAAUCCAGAGUGCACAUAAUACGCGUUGCAUCAAUUUGGACGUCAGGGAUGAGUUAAAAGAUAUUGAAAUCUCAGGCAGAUCGAAAGCGGGAAAGGUGUUUGAUGGUGAUAUAGUGUUGGUAGAAAUAUUUAACUUUGAAAAAUUCACAAAAACCGUCAUUCGGAGGCUGCAAAAAGACAUUAAUAAAGACAAUAGGUCACACAGAGUCUAUGGUAGAAUUGUGGGGCUCUUCGAGAGGAGAAAAGCAAGAGACAUUGAUCAUCCCGUUUUUGUUUGUACCUUGGAUGAUACAGCGAACCAUUUGAUGCGACCCGUGUGUAGAACAGUUCCUAAGCUUCAUAUUAAUCAAGACAGGAAAAAGAAGUAUAUCAUUCAAGUUUACAAGUACAAUACAAGGUCUUCUAACGUUGAACCGGAUUAUGAAUUUCGAAUUGAUCCAGGAAGAAAAUCUAGCUUUGUGUUCUUGGUUGUGUAUUUGUCUUGGUCUUCGUUGUAUCCUAUGGGCGCCGUGAUCGACGUUAUUGAAGUUGAAGAGAGUUUCACAUCUGCCAUGAAAAUUCUCCGCCUUCACCACCAAGUGCCUGAAUAUUAUAAAAAAGAAACAAUAGUAAGUACAAAGAAACUUCUAGAAGAUUUGAAGUCAGAACCAGUUACAAAAGAGGAGAAUCGUGAGGACUUAUCUCAUGUCAGAGUCUUUACUAUUGACCCCGAAGGAUCUCAAGACCUUGAUGAUGCUCUAAGCAUAGAACAAGUUGGUGACAAUUUCAUAAUUGGGGUUCAUAUUGCUGAUGUAAGCUUGGUUGUUAAGAAAGAUGAUCAAAUCGACAUAGAAGCUAGAGAAAGAGCAAGUACGUUUUACCCGGGACAAGGAAUGAACCCAUAUCACAUGCUUCCUGAACCAUUAUCAAGGAAUAUUUGCAGCCUACUGCCAGACGUUGUGAGACCAACUCUAUCAGUUGUCUUUACAAUGACAGCCACUGGCAAGUUACUCGAAACACAUGUUAAAAAAACACAAAUAAAAUCUUGUAAGAAAUACACCUAUGAUGAAGUACAAAAAAUAAUCGAUAAUAGACCUGAUGAAAGUGAUUUGCAGAGGGAUAUUAUUCAACUUUUUGAAAUAGCGAAAUCAAUCAGAAAAAGGAGAGCAGGAACAGGGUUUUACUUUUUUCCUGUGGAGACAAAAUUGAAUGAUAAUGAAGAUUCGGUUUUAAAUUCAAAGGAAGCCCAUUAUCUCGUAGAGGAAUUCAUGGUAUUGGCAAAUACUUUUGUUGCUGGUUAUUUGAGUAAACCAUUUCCAAAGGUGAUACCGCUACGUUGCCAAGCUGCUCCAUCGGCGGAAGUUAUACAAAAAUGGAAAGACCAGAAUAAUCCGUUUUUGCACAUGGUUCUUCGUCUUCAAAAUAUGUGCUUAAGUGGCGUAAGACGAGAAGACAUAGUCCAACUGAGUUUGAUUGGCCCCCUUCGAUAUACAAGGAUUAUGCCAAUUCAAAAAUGGGUAUGGGAGAACAUAGUUGAUGCUCUUAGUGACGGAAAUAUAAGUCUGGCAGUUCAGUAUCUUUGCUCCGACGAACUCCACCCAAAUCAAUGCUUGGCGUUGGAGGAAUGGAUUUCAUUUCAAGAGAGUGCAUCAUAUAAAUGUAGUGGGGCUUUAAGUGAGCAGAAAGAAGGAAUGCACUUUUCUUUACAGCGAUUAAUGUAUGUGCACUUUACAUCACCUAUAAGGAGGUACCCUGAUAUAAUUGUUCAUAGACUUCUCCAUGCUGCUAUUGAUAAAAGAAGCUGUCCAUAUUCAACAUCUGAAGUUGACAUUCUUUGUCAAGACUUAAACGAAGUGAUCCGAAGAGCAAAAGAUUUUCAAAAGCAAUGCAAAAUGCUAAUUUGGGGAUUUAAAUUGAAACAAAGUCCGCAGAUUUUACAAGGGUUUGUUAGAGAAGCUACUGACAGAUCUGUAUCAUUAGUUUUACCUGGUCUCAGGUCUCUCCCUCAGAUUUGCAAGGAAUUUGAGCUAAACCUCCUUCAUGUGAGCCAAAGACCGAGCUUUCUGAAAGACACGAUAACUGGAGAUGACAUUAUGACACUUAAUUGGUUACUUCGUCUGUAUGACGUUUCUGGGAAACCAAACAAAGAGGAGCGGAAGGCACAACGACUUCAUUGGUUAUCGGAAGAAGCAAAAAAAGAAGUUUGCAAGCGAAUAAAUCCUCAUGCCAGGACAAAAUUUAUUCAACAAGAGAGAUGGAAAGAAAUCUUGGGAAAGGUUCUAAAGGAGGAAUACGAAGAAAUAACAGAGAGUAUUUUAAUUCAACAAAAAAAAUUGUUAUUAUUGAAUUCAAGGGAUAAAAAAGAGGCAGAUGAAGAUCUUCAUAACUAUGUUCCGGCAUGCAAAGAUACCGUUCUUGAUCAUUCUUCUGAAGUUGAGGACGGGGAAGUCAUUCGACAAGCCUGUGCAUUUUCCAUGUCCUUUUCUCGUGGACAGGUAGUUUGCGUACAAAUUACUGCUGAACCACAAAAAGGGGUCUUAGUCCCAUCUCUGCAGAUGCUCGACAUGACCAACAAUAUUAAACACUGUUUGCAGCACAACCGUGAUCCCAUCAAAUUCUUAUCGAAAUAUUCCAUACACAAAGCAAAACAGAAAUAUCAAUCUCCUAUGGAAUAUCUGCGAAUUUGGUUGCCUAUAAUUGAAAUGGAAGCUGUUACAAAUGCAGCCCAUGAUGACUCGCCAAUUGUAAAUGGAGUAGAUAUCUUCAUGGAAACACUAGGAGCAGGAUAUUUUUUCCUUUUAUAUCAUUUUUGUGAGCAAAGAGAUAUCGACUUCAGCACAAUGUCCCCUCAUUUUAUUCUUGUUGGAGACGACGAAAGCAAGAAUGAAACUAUCUUUAAUUCUGAUUUCUUAUGCAUUAGAUCUGAGCAUUCGACUACCGAAACAAGAAGAGAAAGAAAAACGUCUUCCGUAGACCCAAAUAACCGUUUUCAAUUAGUCCUUCAUGGACAAAUUUGCAACAUAGAGAAAGUAAUGAAACCCAGACCUCAACAAAAAGACUCCGAAGAAGCCGAUAAAAAUGAAAAGAAACGUAACAUCACGGAAAAGUACAAAGUGAAUUUUAAACUCCACAGAGAAAGCAGUAGAGCGACGUUUGAAAUGUUGAAUGCGUCAGCUGGAUAUAGCAGCUGUGUGGAACUUAUUCAGAAAUCGGAAACUGAAACACGCAUCGAAGAGGUCUUGAAAUGUUUACCGAAGUCCAGCAAAUUAUCCCAAGCAAUUGCAUUGAAAAGGAAAACACCAAACCUAGAUGAAAUAUAUCUGGAGAAAGUUAAGGAAAUUGACAUAAAGAAAGAUCUACAAAACAUUGAACCAAGCAAUGUGUUUCAAAUAGAAGCUAUAAAGAAUUCAUUAAACAAUAGCUUCAGUCUUAUCCACGGACCACCAGGAACUGGAAAGACCUAUACAGGAAUAAAGUUGGUGUAUCUGUUUGAUUUGAUUAACGACAUGCUGCGAGUGGAUGGACACAGCCACCAACAGGUUGUUUUCUGUGGCCCCAAUAACAAGUCAGUGGAUCUUGUUGCAAGAUGGACUUUAAGGAAAUUCGAAAAUUUGGAUAUGAUUCGCUUGUAUGGAAACUCCCUAGAAAACAAAGAUUAUCCGAUUCCAGGAAAGCAUUUUGCAACAUCUGCAUCAUCGAAAGAAAAUCGACCAGACCCAGCCCUGAAAAACAUAUCUGUUCACAAUCUUAUUAGGCAAGAUGAUAGUCUUCAUUCAAGUGAAAUAAACGACUUCGAUUGUAAAUUCGAUCUAUUUAGAAGCGGAAAAAGCUACAAGCCUACGAUAAGAGACAUUCGGCGAUUCAAACAUAUUGUCAGCGAAGCUGCACAGGAAGAACUCAAAAAGCAUGAUGUUAUAUUCUGUACUACCGCUGUAACCACGAGCCCGAGGUUUAUCAAAGGUACGCGCGGGAAAAUAUUUCAGCUGAUUAUUGACGAGGCGGGCAUGUGCACUGAGCCAGAAAGCAUUGCAGCUAUCAUAGCUACAAAGGCAAAACAGGUGGUCCUCAUUGGGGACCACAAACAACUUAGCCCCGUCAUUUCUUCGACGCAUGCUGCUGAAAUUGGACUUCAAGUCUCCUUAUUUGAAAGUUAUGCGCAUUUAGCAAAAAUGCUUAGAUUUCAAUACAGAAUGCAUCCAGAAAUAUGUCAUUUUCCUUCCAAACAUUUCUAUGAGGGAAAGUUGAUAACUAAGCGAUCAAAGGCUUGGUAUACAAAAAAUAAAUUGGAAAUCUGGCCAAACAAGCUAAAGCCAAUUGUGUUUUGCCAUGUGGAGGGAGAGGAAGAAUAUUUGACUGUUUCUACAGAAGAAGGUAAUGAGCAGUCGUGCAGCAACACACAGGAAGUAGAGCAAGUGCUAAAAGUUUUUGAAUACUUGGUGAAAUAUGAACAUGUCAAUCCGAGCAACAAGCAAGCCAUCAACAUUAUGUCUCAGUAUAAUGCGCAAUGUACAAGAAUUCGCAAAGCACUUAAGGAAAAGAAGUACAUCAAUAUUAACGUAAACACAGUGGUGGCUAGCCAGGGUGGGGAAUGGGACUACGUGAUUUUCAGCACUGCUCGCUCUCUGCCAGAGUACCGUAUAGAAAAGUACCCAACAUUUGGCUGGUGUAAGCAAAAUCUGGGUUUUAUAACAGACGAGCACCAGAUCAAUGUGGCCUUGACUCGGGCCAGACGAGGACUUAUCAUUAUAGGAAACAAACAUCUUUUGUCCUGUGACCAGGUGUGGAAGAAAUUGAUUUAUCAUUACGCUCGUAAUGGAUGUCUGACGGAUGUCGAGCACUUCCCGCCGCCUCCCCCCGUCAACAAAAAGCGAAAACGACGAAGAUCACAUCGCGAAAGCCUUCAGCCAGAGGAGGAUUUCUAUCGAGGUACGGACCGAGAGCUUAGCAAGGUGGAUGAGGAGAAUGAAUAACACUAGUUGCCAUAACUUAUGCAAUAUAGCUGUAGAAUAAUGAUAUUGCACUGUGUUGUGAAGAUGAGUUUUAUUUAUUUGAUUGUUAUUUUGUAUACGUUUUUCAAUUUGUUAAUUACUUAUUAGAUUUAAUUUAUUUAGUUUACAUGUAUUUUGUUAGUUACAUACUCAAUUUUUUCAUAUAAUUUUUUUUUCUGGAUUUGACUACUCUAGAUGACCAUGACCAUUAUUAAAAUUGUUUGCAAGAUGGUUUUGUAGCUGAUAAAGUGUUUAAUUAUAAUUUUGAUAUGAUUAUGAGGAGCGAUAAAUUAAAUAUAAAUAAUAGCAUAAUUUUACGAAUGCAAGCCGAUAACCGGAUUAUUGAAUUAGCAGUUUGUUUCCCUUUGUUAUUAUAAUGUGGAUAGAAAUAACAACGCUUUUUACCUUCUCAUCAUGAACAGAUUAACACACUUUCUAAUUUAACUAGCAUGGCUUUUAUAGAUAUUAUAUGGAGGUUACUCACAUGUAAAUACUUCAACAAUACUAGAUCAAACUAAGUUUGACUCUAAAUAAGGUUUAUAGGGGGUAAAUCAGUUGAUUUAUUUGAAUACUUGUUUCUUUCAAAUUGCUUAUAGUUAUUUUUCAUAUUAUAGUACUUAAAUUGCUUUAUAUGGUAAUAUGUCUAUAAAAAUGUUCUUAAGGUCAUGCGAUGUGAUUUGAUGCCUCAAGUAAAUGUGGUGCCCUUCGAAUUUCUAUACUUAAUAAGUCAGAUACAGGGUAUUUUCUAUGGUUCCAUUCUUUUACUCUUUACCAAUACUUGUUGCAUUAGAUAUGAUAAAUUAUAAAUAUUUACAAUUAAUUGUGAGCAGUUUAAUUCUUUCAGUUUUCACUAUACAGAUAUUAUUGAUGUUUGUGUUUAUGACAAAAAAACUGACACCCUCGAAGGUAUUAUACCCAUCUACUUAUGUUACUAAGGAUUUUAAAUUUCCUCAUGCAUUUGUUAUAUUUAAAAGUGCGUUGUAUUGCAUCUCGUGAUUUAUGACAAGAAUACCUUAGUUGAAUAUAUUCAUCCAUUGCUUAACAUGACAUUUGAUAUUCUUUUUGUAAAUAUAUCCACAAGAAAGAUAUAUACUAGUAUGAUUUUAUACCUUCGCUUGAAAUCGCAAGCGGUUGAAAGAGAUCGUGUAUCUUAUGUAAGAUUAGAAAACAAAAUAUUACAAAAGAGAUCCUUAUUAUCAUAUUGAUUUGUCUCAAUUGUAUACGAAAAUGAAACUAGUCGCAUAUUUUUAAAAUAAAAUUUAUAACUUCCCCGAUAAAGGUUUUGGAAGUCUUUAUCAAGUGUAAAUUUACUUCUUUUACCGGUGGUUUUGCAUUAGUCCCUUGUUUACAUCUGUGAUAUAAUACUAGUAUGUGCAAUCGCCCUUAUUUUAUGUUGCUUUAUUUAUUUCAUUGUCUUAAAGUUUGAUUUGACUUCCAUGUUCAUAUUUUUGUUUAUAUUUUUGUAUGAAAAAUAUUGACGAAUUCAACAAUAAAAAGAACGUAUGA